GAAAACUUUGUUCGUUAGAAGUUGACGUCACUCUUCAGAAAAAUAUUAAAAGAAAUUAUAGAAAAUAUAAUAAAGUCAAAACAAAAGAAUUUAUUAAUAAUAAAACUUUAGUUUUUGAAUUUACUUUAAAAUAGUAAUCAUUGGUGGGUCAAAUAAAUAUUCAAUAUUGUGGCCCAGAAGGUGGCUGCAACUAUUUAUUUCUCUAAUAAUUUUAUAUCAAGCUCAUACGUUUGAUUCGGAUUUUAACGAAAACAUGUCAUCUAAAAAUAAUUUAGGCCAUUUUGGCAUACAUAUGUAUAAUAAAAUUGGUGCUAUCAGACCCAGCGAUAAUAUCGUUUUUUCACCAUUCUCUAUACAAACAUGUACCGCUAUGGCAAGGCUUGGAGCCGAAGGUGAAACAGCUGAAGAAAUGGAUAGAGGACUUGGUUUACCAAAAAAGCAAGAAGAAUGGAUUGGAACUUUUCAUGAUACUCUGGAUUUUUAUAAAAACAGUGAAAUAUUACAUAUUGCGAACAAAAUUUAUGUUAUGAAUGGAUUUAAAAUUAAUAUUGAUUAUAAUGAAAUCUUGAAAACAAAAUUUUUUACGAGCGCAGAAGAAAUUAAUUUUGCUUCUGGUUCUGAAAGUGCACAUAUCAUUAACAAAUGGAUUGAAUCUAAAACUAAUAAUCUAAUAAAGGAUAUGAUACCAGCUAGCGGUCUGAGUAGCGACACACGUUUAUUAUUACUUAAUGCUGUACAUUUUAAAGGCAAUUGGCAACAUAAAUUUGAAAUAACGAAAACACGUUUGGAAAACUUCUACAUAGACGAUGGUGUCAGUGUACAGGUACAAAUGAUGUCACAAAAGAAUCGUUUUCGUUAUGCAGAUCUACCAGACUUAAAUGCAACUGCUAUAGAACUUCCCUACAAGAAAUGUGAUCUCUCAAUGUUAAUCAUUUUACCUAAAUCAGUGACAGGUCUUAAAGCUUUAGAAGAGGCCUUGCUUAACAAACCAAUAUCAGAUAUAACAAAAGAACUAUCCUUCCAGGAAGUUGUUGUAAAAAUACCAAAAUGGAAAGCUGAAUUCUCAAUUGAACUUAAUGAACCUUUCAAGCAGCUGGGUAUGUCACGUAUGUUUACUAAUUACGCUGAGUUCGGAAAAAUGCUUGAAAAUUCAGAGCCAUUAUUGGUCUCUAAAGUUUUGCAUAAAGCUUUUAUAGAAGUUAACGAACUGGGCACUGAAGCAGCUGCAGCAACAGGAAUGCUUAUGAGGAAAAAACGAGGAAUAGUUAACUUUUCAGAGCCAAUAUCUUUCAUUGCUGACCAUCCAUAUUAUUAUUUUAUAAAUCAUAUGCCAUUAGUAAAUGUUGAUGAACAAGAAAUUUCACCAAUUCCAAUAUUUGUGGGAUCAGUAAAGACCUUUGACAAUGUCCAAAGUAUAGAAUCACAUGAUGAGCUAUAAAUUAGUGAUAUAAUUUAUAAAACAAAAUUUAUUUAUUUUAUUACUAUAUUAAUAAUCAAAAUUAAGGAAAAUAAAUUAUUUUAAUAU